AUGUUGCAUCACGUCUGGCAGUGGCGGACUUCUAGUCCACUCGCUUCCAAGACUUGCAGAAGGUUUUGCACAGGACCUCCUGGGCUCAAAGCUUCAGUUUUGCGGUUUUGCCUGGGCUUUCAGGGAUUUCUCUGGCACCAAGUGGCCAGAAAAUGGAGGAGCCAGGGCUCUUCCAGGUAUCUUUGCCUUGCUUGCAAAGCCGAGACCAGAAGCGCAAAGCUCUUUGUCGAUGGGGAUACGCAUAGCAUUGCCGAAGUGAAGGAAGCCAUCGAGAUGCUGCAAAACAAGGGUUUUGAUGUCUGGACCACUGUCUAUGCGGAGCCCAGAAGAGCGGAGAACAAGAACUGGGGAGAGUUUUUCACGGGACCUGCUACCUCUUUCUGCCCCGUUCCGCGGAGGGAAGACCUGGGUGAAGCCAAUGAUGAACAAAUGAUGGCAGACUUGAGGCUCUUGACAUGCUCCACCGCCAGGAGUGCAACAAGUGCAGGGCUUGCCAUCGCAGUGCUUACCUCCGACACUGACUUUCUGGAGACUCUUGCCUUUGCCACUGGACUGGGCAUCGACACGAUGGUUCUCAUCCCGCAGAGGCAUGUGAAUACCGCUCAAGCCUACAGGGGCAAAGGGUUUCAGGUGAUGCCCAUCCUACAACGCGAGAAUUGCAGCCCGAAAGUCCGUGCCAUACUGCACGGGGACGGAGGUGGCAGUGUGCGGAUCGAUAGCCCAUGCAGUUUCGGGGACUACGACCCUGCUACUUUGCACCAGUUGCUCCAGAACCGAGGGGUGAAGGGUGUGAAGAGUGAGACGUGGCAGCGGUAUCACGAUAACUUGGCUUUCGUCCUCCCCUGCGCUGCAAGAAGAGGUGGAUCGAAGGCCUCUGCACUGAGAAUUUAUGGGAGCCUGAGAGAUCGUCAGAUUUACCAGGGGGGAGGGCCCUUCAUGCUGCGAAGCUCGGAGGAGUUGGUGCCCCGGGUGCUGCAGAGGCUCGGGUAUUUGGAUCAGGAUCUGAAUGGAAGCCUAGCAGAAGCCAUCUUGGUUUUUGUGAACACGAACUACAACAAGGGCACUCUGAGGAAGAUGGACCUCCUGCCCAAGGUUUCGGAUUCUGCAGACCUUGCAGCGAAGAAGUUGCACGAGGCCUUCACCUCCACGGCGUCCCCCGGCAUUUGGCAGGUCGUGCCAAGCGAUCGAUUCCUCCGCCAGCUUCUGCAAAAGCGUGGGUUCAUGGACAACCUCGACGCCGACCCGGAGGAGCUUCUGAAAGCUAUGGAAAGAUAUGCCGAAGAUGCCCAACUGCCAAGAAUGGAGUCCUACAACGGCUACGCUUUCCGGAUCAAGCAGAGCUUGCAAGAGCUGAGCUCUGACCCGUCAAGAACAGGAGUCAUUGAGUUCGAGCUGCGC